AUAGGUUCAAGAUGGCGCUUUUAUUUAAGCUGUUGUCAAAAACUCUAGUGUCAGUACAAAUGUUAUCAAUAAUGAUGUAGUUUUACGGAGGAGUGUCUUGUGUAAAGUUUUAUUUAAAAAUGUAUAUAGAUAGAUAGCAUAAAUUAAAAGAAAAUGAAUAAGAAUAUGAACUCACCGUCAAAGUUGACAGAAUUUGCCCCGUUGAGUCCAGAGGAAAGUCAACCUGUUGUUGCCUCACUUUUUUCCAAAUUUUUCAGCUUUGCCAGGAGUCCACAAAAUGCUGACGAUUCCAUUAUCUCUUCUAAUAAUGACGAGCAAAGUUCAUCUGAUUCUGAUUCUUGGAAGCAAUCGCAAAGUACAGAAAAAACACCGGAAGAAGAUAGUUCUAGUAUAAUUAAUUUUCCCUUAGAUACACACGAGGGUCGUAGUUUACCAAGUGUUUUAAAACGUAUAAGAAAUAUCGUAGCUUCCAAGAGCAGCAAUCUGAGGUCAUAUAAAGAUUCUGAACUUAGAAGUUACUGGAUGCCAGAUAGCGUAAGCAAACAAUGUUACGAAUGCGGUGAAAGAUUUACAACUUUUCGUAGAAGACAUCAUUGUCGCGUUUGUGGACAAAUAUUUUGUUCAAAAUGUUGUUCUGAUCAAAUUCCUGGAAAAAUUAUGGGAUGUACAGGUGACCUCAGAGUAUGUACAUACUGUUGCAAAGUGGUUUUGUCGUAUUUGCAGUCAUCAGACAUGAGAAGCGAUUUAUCAGCAGAUCUUAAAGCACUGCAGGAAGAUCUCCAAGUUAAAUAUGGUAAUGAUUCACCGCCUUUAACUCAGAAAAACUCAUCUGAAUGUACGGAAGGUGAAACUUCCAUUUGUAGAAAACCAAGUGUUGGCUAUAUGGAAGAAAAAUAUGCUGUUGGACGAUCGGCGAAUAGUUAUUUAACAUCACAAGAAUGUUCACUUGUUCUUCAAAAUUCAGCAUCACUAAGAAUGAUUUAUGAAGAGUUAUUCAGAUCAAGCCAGGCAAUUUUAUUACAAACCCACAGAAUUCGUUUGAAAAGUUACCAUAAUUGUUUCAUAGCAAGUGAAUUAGUAAAUUGGAUGAUAGCGCAGAAUAAAGCAGCAACCAGGGUACAAGCUACUGCUAUAGGUCAAGCAUUACUUGAAGCAGGUUUUAUAGAACCUAUUACUUCCGAGAACGUUUUUAGUGAUACCGCAGCAAUAUUUAAACCAGUCCAAUUAUCUCAAAUGCAAAGUACAGAUUUAUUAACGGAAAAUCAAGCUACAUGCGAUGCGCAAGAACCUGCUUGGGUAAAUACUAUACCUCAACAUGAUUCAACCACAGAUUCUGAAAGCGAAUCGAAACCAUCUAAUUCGGUUCAACAAACUAGUGGUCGUUUACCAUCCUCAAGUUCAAGCUUUUACUUAGAUUUAAAUCUAGAAGCAUCGACUGUUACGUUGAAAAGACCAACGUCUGAAGAUUUAACAACAAUUUCGAUAGACAGUAAUGAUGGAGUUACCGAACAGAAAGAGGUAAACAUAAAAUCUCAUGAGUGUAACUUUAAAGUAUCCGAUGAUCUUUUAAGUGAUACGUUUCAAAUACAAGAAAUCAAAGAAAAGAGUGGUUGGCAUAAGAUGACUAAUCUUAGAACUGCAUUUGGAGAAAUGAGUGCCUACAACUGUUUAACUUCUGUAUAUAAGCAGCACGAAGACUCAUUGAUCAAACAACUUCUUAACAAAGAAGGUUUAUCUCAAAUUUGGUCUGAAGUUAUUUUAAACAUUGCACAUCAAAUAGUGGAUCAUGUCAAGCCUGAUUUAAAUCACAAUGCUGACGAUUUAGACAUUCGACAUUAUGUACAGAUAAAAAAAUGUACUGGAGGGAGCAGAGAUGAUUGUGAAAUAGUAUCAGGAGUAGUCUGUACUAAAAAUGUAGCUCACCGUGGAAUGAAUGCGAUGAUUGCUCAUCCUAAAAUUUUGUUACUACAAUGUGGACUAAUGUAUCAACGUGUAGAAGGCAAAUUAUUAAGUUUGGAACCUGUGAUGAUGCAGGAGAAUGAGUACUUGGGUCAUACAGUAGCUAGAAUUACUGCUCUUGGACCUGAUAUAGUUCUCGUUCAUCGAUCUGUCUCUAGAUUAGCACAAGAUAGACUCAGGGAAUGUGGUGUUACUCUUAUUUUAAAUGUUAAGUUAAGUGUACUAGAACGAAUAGCCAGAUGUACUGGUGCAAAUAUUGUAAAAACUGUUGAUGCUCAUAUUAGUGCUCGUUAUAUGCUUGGUACAUGUAAAAAAUUUUAUUUACGUAAUUUUCCUGAUGAUCAAAGUGGGAUAAAAACAUUGAUGUAUUUUGAGGGCUGCGCAAACGCACAUUUGGGAUCUACCAUCCUACUACGAGGUGGAUCUUUACCAGAAUUGAAGAAGGUUAAAAAUGUUACAUCUAUGAUGAUAUUCGCUGCAUAUUCCUGGCGUCUGGAAAAAUCUUUUCUCAUGGAUGAAUUCGCCAGACCACCUUCUCCAAAAGACAACUCUUUCUUGGAUGAAACAUUCAAGAAGAAUACUUCAGAUAGCGAUAGUAGUGUGCAAUUAUUAUCUACCAAAGGAAAAGAUAGCAUUGAGACUUCGUCGAAUAUUGAAAAUAAUGAAAGCAUAAAUACCAAAGAAAAUAUAAAAUUAUCACAAAUUUAUGAUAGUAGAAAUAUAUCUAACAAUGGGGAGAGUAUAGAUAAUACAUGUCCAAUUAAUCACAACACGUCUGUAAAAGAUGAAGAUAUGGAAAAUCCCAAUGGAAAUGAUAAUUUAUUGAACUCAGCUGCGCUUAAGCAGAUAUCUUCUAUAUUGAACGAGGACUGUGAUCCUUAUGAUACUUUGAAAUUAUUUAAAACAAAGAUCCGAUCCAAUACGAAUAAUUCAAAAAACUUAGAUCAAUCUUCUAAAGACACUACUCAUGAUAGCGACUUGAAUGUUACUUUGAGUACCGUCAGGGAUAACAUAGAUAUACAAAAUGAUAUAUAUAAUUCCGGAAACAAUCUGGACUUAAAAUCAGAAGAGCAAAGUAAUGUAUCAAGAUAUAUAGAAGAGAAACGCAUUUAUGGUGAAUCUAUUAGUGAUCAUAGUGAUCCACUGCAUCAAUAUUUAAACGAAGAUGAAGAAGAUGUCUUUGAUCAGACUAGUCCAAAUGGGCAGUGUCUAAGUGUUGCUGACUUACCAUUGUUAAAUAAGUUUAAGAAAGCUUUAGAGGGUACAGUUCUAAGCAUGUCACCUUAUUUAAAGUUUUCAGUACCUUAUUUAGAGACCGAACCUGGAAGAAAUUGUAUUUUAAGAACCUUCUUUCCAAAAGAAAUCUAUUAUUCCGAACAGUUCUUAGAUAAAACAAAAGAAACAAGGACUAGUAGCAUUUCUGUGGAACAAAAUGUACCUGAUAAACCUCUGUUAAAUUUAAAACUUAAACCUAGGCAUCCAUUCAUAGAAGCAAAAUUAACAACCGAUGUUGAAAGUAAAGAAGUUCAGGCACUUCUAGCACAUUUCAGAGCUUGUGGAAGUCGAUUAUAUCCAACGAACAAUGUUAUGAUAGAAAGACAACAGCAAAACGUACAAGCAGAGACUACUGAGCCAAAAUCUACAUGGCCAGAUUGUUUGGAUCCUGUUAACCAUCAACGUUUGUCCGUACUGUUUUGUAGCUUGUCGCAUACUAGCAACAAUACUCCAUCUUUUUGUGUAUAUCCUUGGACUGUUAACAUGGAUCUGUAUGGACGAAAUGAUAUAGCAUUGGGAUGUUUUCUAGAACGUUAUUGCUUAACUUCAGAAUACAAGUGUCCUGCUAAAACUUGUCGAGCGCAAAUUGCUCAACAUGUAAGACGAUUUGCUCAUGAUGGUGGCUGUGUACGAAUUGGUUUAAGAGAAAUGAAUUCUGAACCUUUCGGUCAGGAAAAUACUAAUCAAAUUCUUAUGUGGAGCAAGUGUAUAAAAUGUAAAAGUGUUUCACCUGUCGUACCAAUGUCAGACGAUACUUGGUCUCUAUCAUUUGCUAAAUAUCUUGAAUUAAGAUUUCAUGGUAGUGCAUAUACAAGAAGGGGUGCUGAAAAUUGUCAACAUUCUCUUCAUCAUGAUCAUUAUCAGUAUUUCACGAGGAAAAAUAUGCUAGCCGUGUUCAAGUAUACAAAGAUUUCUCAAUGGGAGAUUUCUUUACCACCACCUGUUAUAAAUAUUAUUUAUGAUGCAAAACAACAUGCUAAUGUUAUCGAAGAGAUGAAAACCUUGGCUUUAAAAGGGGACGACGUUUUUACAUGUAUAAGAGAAAAGUUAAGUUCAUUGCAAACAGACAUUGAAAGUAUAAAUACCGCAAAGCAACAAAUGAUGAAAGAUCAACAGUAUUUCAAGAAUAAAAUAGAGGAGAUACAAUUGAAAUUAACCUCACCGACUUUAGAAAAUAAAAAACUCGAAGGGAAGAUUUCAGAAAAGCAGGUACAAGCUCUUAUGUAUAGAAUCGAAGAUGGUAUUGUCAUAUUAAAAAGAUUGAUUUCUGAAGCUGUGUCUACCUGGAACACAAGGAUUUUAGAGAUUUCGACUAAAAAGAAAGAUGAACGAACGAGAAAGUUCACUGAACGAUCUAUGACAACUGGUAGUAGUGGUAUGAUAGAUACUGAUGGAUAUAUAACAGAGGAUACUGCAUCGGAAUCACAAUUGGAAGAUCUAAGUCCAAUGUCAGCUGAUUAUAAUGCAGUGGAUGCAAUCGCAGUGAUACAGAACGAUUUGCAGAGUAUAGAUAUCAUGGAAAAUUCUGAUAAUGAAAUUCCAGAGAUCAAUAAUCCUGAAGAUAUUAUUAUCGUGCAAGGAUCACCUAAAAUGCAUCAGAGAUCUUAUUCGGAUGUUUUACCUUUAACAUCGGAAGACAUGCCUGAUAAAAAGAAAAAAAAGAAGACGAUCUUGUCUCAAUUAUUGCCUUCUAUUCCAGUAACUCAACCAAUAGCUAAUCCAUUAGGCCCAUUGGAACAUACUUUACUUCCACUUGGGUCUGUUGUACCAGUGGUGGUCUAUGAAUCAGAAUUAUCUUCCAUAAUAGCCUAUGCAUUAGAUUCUCAUGACUACAAACAUAGUCUGCAAGAAUUACUUCGUGUAACAAAAGGUCCUGAAUUGAAUUCCAGUCCAUUGUACAAACGUAAAUUUUCUGAGAACAAAGAGAAUUCUUCAGAAUUAACACAAUCAGGAGAUUUUAAGAGACCAUCGGUAUUAUCGUUCUUAAGAGGCAACAGUCCAAAUCCUGCUAGUCCAAUAGAAUCUGAUAAGAAUGUUUUAAGCGUGGAAUCGACGGUACAAAACGUUAAUGUUUCAACAGAAACUGACGAAGACAAAAAACAAAUAAAACAGCAGAAUUACAUUGAAGUUCAGUUCAACGAUACAACGACAAACUUUUAUUGUAGGAUAUAUUUUGCAGCUCAGUUUGCUGCUUUAAGAAGGAACGUCUUACCUUGCGGAGAAGAUGGAUACACUAGAAGCUUGAGCAGGACUGUUCAAUGGGUAGCUAGGGGUGGAAAAAGUGGAAGUGCUUUCUGUAAAAGUAGAGACGACCGAUUCAUUAUAAAGGAAAUGUCCAAGUUAGAAAUGCAAAUAUUUUUAAGGUUCGCACCAAAUUACUUUGCUUAUAUGGAGAAGUGUCAGCAAAUGAAACAACCAACAUUACUAGGGAAAAUAGUAGGAGUUUAUAGAGUAUCUUUCAAAAAUGAUACGACUAACAAUGGAAUAAGAACAAGUGUUUUGGUAAUGGAAAAUUUAUUUUAUAAUCGAGAGAUUACUGACAAGUUUGAUUUGAAAGGAUCCAUAAGGAAUCGACUGGUAAAUCCAGAUGAUAUCGAUCAUGAAGGGGAAUUAGUUUUGUUGGAUGAAAAUUUAUUGAACAUGAGCUGCGAUUCACCUUUAUACAUCAGAUCUCAUUCCAAGGUUGUAUUAAAUAAAGCAAUUAGAAGCGACACCAAAUUUUUAGCAGACAAUUCUGUUAUGGACUAUUCGUUAUUAGUAGGAUUGGAACCGAGUUCAGGCGAACUUGUUUUGGGUAUAAUAGAUUAUAUAAGGACAUUCACGUGGGACAAAAAAUUGGAAACGAUGGUGAAGAAAUCUGGCAUAUUGGGUGGUCAAGGAAAAUUACCCACCAUAAUCUCACCGGAAGAAUAUAGAGCUAGAUUUAUAGCAGCGAUGCAUCGUUAUUUUCUACCAGUACCAGAUAGAUGGUCUGAUCUGGGCAAAGGUGUUGAAACAAUCUGAUGAAAGAUACAGAGCAAGAAUGAGAAUGAAAAUUAUACAUUUUCGAUAUUGUCAUCGGUAUAUAUCGAUUGUAUAUACAUUUUCUAUAUGAAACAGACAUAUAUAUAUAUAUACAUAUAUAUAUAUAUAUAUACGUGUGUUUCAUAUAUAUAUAUAUAUAUAUAUAUAUAUAUAUAUAUAUAUGUAUGUAUGUAACAUAUAUGUGUGUAAUAUGAAAUUGAAAGAAUGAUUCAAUCGUAAUAAUGAUUAACUUUUGAAUCGAAAACGUAUUAAAUCUCUAAUUAAUAAUAAGUAUCAAAUUAUUAUCUAUUUCUCACGCAUCUGUGAUCUUCUUUUAAUAAUAGUAUUAAUUUAUUAAUAUAUAUAUAUAUGAUUUUUUGUUGUUGCCGAUAAUCGGUUUAUAAAAAUAUCUCAUUAAUUCUCAAAGCGGAAAGAAAACAACGACGGUGUCGUCAUUUAAUACAAAGGUCUAAUGAAAGAGACGCAUGAAAUUUUAAUAACACAUAUAUGAAAGCACCAUUAUUAAUGUUUUAUUUAGAUAAUCUGUUUGUUUUUUUUUCUUUCUCCUAAAUUAUUUACAUGGAUCGUUAUUUAUAUAUUUAAUAAUGAAAUAAACAAUAAUAGUAAUUAAUAAUAAAAUUAAUAAUUAAUAAUAAUAAUAUUAUUUAAUUAACGUAAUAGCAUUUUUGUUUUAAUAGCCUACAAGUUAUAAACACAAGGAAGAUAUUAAAGCGUGUACCUUACGGAAAAGAAAAAACAUUUCUCAUCAUACUUCCUUCUCAUUUUAUCGCUAAUAUCUAAUAAUAAUUAAUAAUAAUAAAAUAAUAAUAGUAAUAAAAUAAUAAUAAUUAUUUACAUAAACGAAUGCAAGGCAAAAAAAGCUGCAACGAAAAUCCAACAAGACCAUCUAAUAAUAUCUCUCAACAUGUUUGAAAAUUCUAUUACAACACGCUGUUUCUUCAAGUUACAAAUUACAAGUUUUUUGUGAUUUUUCUUUUUUUUCUGUUUUGCAAGAUAAUACGGGCUAUUCAAUGAUACAUAUAUUUAUAUAUAUAAAAAAAAGAGAGAAAAAAGAGAGAUCCUCACGUUAUUCAAUCUUAGUUCUUUCAUUAUGUGUUAAUGAAAACACAUAUUUAUUCAUACAUUCGCACAUACAUACAUACAUUCAAUUUGUUUAAUUUUCUUGUCUACGGCGAUUGUUAUUAACAAGGGGUUUUUACUUUCGUUAUUAAUAUUCGACGGAAUUUAAUAAAACUAAACUCAUGUCGCUAUAACUAAUGAUAAUAAUAAUAAUUUAUUUAUUUAUUUGCCGUAGUAGAAUUAGAAGCUGGGAUUUCAAUGCUGAACGAAUUCAAACGUACAAUUGAUUGAUUGAUGGAUUGAUAUCUCUCAUUGAGAUUUGUUUUAUGUCGAACGAAUAGAAAAAAAUAAAAGAAAAUAAUUUUUUGUAUUUCUGCUAGAUACUGAUUAGGUAAGGAUCGUUAUCAGUUGUUCGCGCGAGAGAGAGAGAGAGAGAGAGAGAGAGAGAGAGAGAGAGAGAGAAAGAGAGACUGGAAUUAUUCCAUGUAUACGAUAGGCAAUAACAUAAUCUCUGUAAUAUUCAUAUUUGAUUUUUUUUUGUAUUUUUGUGAUUGUUUUAUAUUUUUUUUUUUUUGUAUUUUACUCUUAGUAAACUGAAAAAGGACUGUA